AUGAAAGCGCUUGCCAGCAGAGUUUUCUGGCUAGGUGUGAAUUUCCAUGCAGAUGGCGCGGACCCGGUAUACACAGGUGCCGUGGGGGUCGUGCUGGAAGCCGAGGCAGUUGAUGAGAUGGAAGAAGAGCCGGAAAAAGCGGAUGGUGAAGUAGUCGACAAAGUAAUUGAUUCAGUGCUAGCCUCUGGGAUAGAAGCUGAACCAGUCGACGAAGAGAUGGAUGAAACACUAGAUAGAGAAGUAGUUGCUGUAGAAGUGCUGGAUCCAGUACUUGCUUCUUCUGUGAUUGAGGCCGAGGUAGUCGAUGAAGAGAUGGAUGAAACACUAGGUGGAGAAGAAGUCGCUGUAGACGUGCUGGAUCCAGUGCUAGCUUCUGAGAUAGAAGCUGAACCAGUCGAUGAAGAGAUGAAUGAAACACUAGAUAGAGAAGUAGUUGCUGUAGAAGUGCUGGAUCCAGUGCUGGCUUCUUCUGUGAUUGAGGCCGAGGUAGUCGAUGAAGAGGUAAACGAAAUGCUAGAUAGAGUAGAUGAGAAAGUAGCCGAUGUAGAAGUACUAGAUUCAGUCGUUGCUUCCAGCUGUAAGGGAACACUCUCUGUGGCGGUGGUAGAAUAA